AUGAGAGCUGAACUUUCCAACAGGUCUUUCUUCUUUCUCCUAGAGACCGCCCGCUGUUCCAGAGAAGAUUUGGAGAUUAUUCCAAGCACGGGGGAUGUGGAAUUGGGCAAGAAGUCAUAUUUUCUCUGCAAAGUGAGAAAUGGUGGGGAAGCUACAUUGACGUGGCUUGACCCCAAUGACAAUGAAAUUGAUGCUGAUUCAGAGCCCUACAACGAGAAAGCUGUUGAUGAACUGUCCAAGGGGCUGGAGAUGACCCUCUGUGACCCAAAUCUGGGAGGAAUCUUCACAUGCGCAGGGCAAUUUGAUCAAUCUGGAGCUACUGCUAGAGCCCAGAUUAGAAUCCGUGUGAUCGUCACUCCCAGGAUACAGCUCCCUAUGGCUGAAUCCUCGGCCACCCAGAUUGGGAAUCCCACUCAAUACAACUUCACCAUAUUGGCGAACCCGUCUCCUUCUGUCACUGUUUCCUGGAAGGGAAAGGUUUUUGAAGGUGAUGAUAUCAAGGUGGUGGAAGAGGACCAAGGUACAUACAUGGUGUCUUUACAGUUCAUGCCAACAUCACAAGAGGAUAUUUCAGAACUUCUCAUAACAGCCAUCAAUGAGUUGGGCACCACUACGAAAACGGUUACUCUUAAAGAAGAUAUUCCUGACAAAGGUUUGGGGACAGGCAGCAUCCUGGCCAUUAUCUUAGCCAUCCUCCUUCUGUUGGUCUUGUUGGUGGUGGAUGUCUCGUGCUAUUACAGACGCCAAUGUGGCUUCCUGAUGUAGUGCCGAAACAACAUCCUGCGCAAAAAUUCAGCUGGGACAGGCACUGAAAGCAACAGGAAAAUGCUUUCCAAGUCUGGAAAAAAUACAGUGGUCAAUGUCUCUGGCAUUGAGGCUUGAUGAGUCCAAAGCUGUGACCUUGGAUGAUCAAGUCACCGGGACUAUGCAGCAGGGGAUAAAGAACUCCAAAGACCACUUCCACCUUACCACAUCCCCUUGACCCUUUGUUAUGAUUGUUAAGUGCCCAAGUAGACAAUAAGGAGGAAAGCAGAUCACCUGUGACUGACCGGUUUUAUUGUUCGAAGAGGAUUUUUUAUUUCUGAAAUGCACAUCUCAGCAAUCAAAAAUCCAAAUGAAGCUUGUGCUUACCUUUCAGGGACCAAUCGCAGAACAGAGCAUGCUAAAGCCAAAAUGCAGAGAUGAGGCAGCAGAGAUGCUAAGUGUAUCAUCUGGAUUGAUCCAGAUACACCCUGCUGCUCUAGAAACAGGGGCCGACAAAACCUCUGACAUGUCAAUUCCCAGCAUUCCCUACAGCGAUCGCCUUUGGUUGUCCUCUUUUUUUGGGAUAAUACUAGAAUGCUUCAUGUCCCCGUUCGUCUGCCAUUCCCUUGCUUCAGCUGUGGCGCUUCUUUAACAAUAGAUCUUUACCAUUGUGUGCUAUGUUCUCUUUGAGAUUCCAUGAUUUCAUUUUAUUAAUGGGACAAUAAGGAUGUUCUGUCGCCCUUUCCCCAGUUUGUCAUCAAUCUAUUCUUUUUUUAAAAAAUGUAGUGUUUGGAUGGAAAGUCCUCACUGUUCUUAUUGCAACAAUCUACAGUAUUUCCUCAUGAUGGGCUUCAGAUUGGAGAGCAUGCAAGCCUGUAAAGUUAUUGUGGAAGCAAUUUGCUAAUCAACUAAAAAUCACAGGAAACGUGAUUUGAACAAGUGUUUGCAAAAUGGCAAAUACCAUAUAUAUAUAUGGUAUAUAUGUGUAAUCCACACACAGUCACUAUGUCAUAAGCUUUUGCCAUGGGAUAGUUAAGAAAUUCCCUUUGAAAACUGGGGCUGAAAUCAAGUGCUUUUCCAAGAAUCCUAUGGGGGCAGUUUGUGGCACAUGAUCUUGUAUGUUUUUGAUGUC